GUGUACAGAAUGUGAAGAGAAAAAGACCCCUCCCGUUAUGGGAGGGGCCAUUUCAGGAGCUCAGGUUUGCACCGAGCUGCGCGGUCCUCGUAUUAAAUCGGAUGCAACCGCGUUCCGGGGUCAUUCCGACUGCCGGGCUUAAGCCGAGAGGUUUAGAGCUGUUACUUUUAAUUCUAGUUGGCGGGGGUUUUAUCUGCAUCAGCUAUGGUGACCCUAACAGCAGAGGACAAGAACAACAUCAGGCACGUCUGGGGGAUGGUGUACAAGGAUCCCGAGGGCAACGGGGCGGUGGUCGUGAUAAGGCUGUUCACUGAUCACCCCGAGACCAAGCAGUACUUCAAAAGGUUCAAGAAUCUGGACACUCUUGAGCAGAUGCAGACAAACCCAAGGAUUAAACUGCACGGGAAGAGGGUCAUGAAUACCCUCAACCAAGUCAUAGACAACCUGGAUGACUGGGCUGCUGUGAAAGAGAUUCUCACCGCGCUGGCUGAGAGGCACAGAGACGUGCACAAGAUACACAUCCACAACUUCAAGCUGCUGUUUGACGUGAUCAUUAAGGUCUACGGGGAGGCCCUGGGCCCUGCCUUCACUGAUGCGGCCUGUGAAUCGUGGAGUAAAGUCUUUCAGCUGCUGUACAGCUUCCUGCAGUCGGUCUACACGAGCCGCACGGAGCCGUGACCGCCCCUCGUGCUCAAGAGGACUGCGGGACCUGCACCUGCACAGUGUUUUUUCAGAAUUUCUACUUCAAUAGUCUGAGGCUUGCAGGACACCCGUGCCGCUCAAAGCAUCUGCAGAUGUGAAUUUGCUCCCGUGUCUUGGAAAAGGUGUAUCCCCGCCCUGGUCCUGGAGAUCCACAGGGUCUUAUACCAACCAGUCUUCCGGUUUUCUAAUGGGCAAUUCCUGAAAUAGUUUCCCGCGCUCAGGGCCUGGCGUCACAGCCCGAGCUCACCCAAGUGCACCCAAGAUGCGCUGGGCGCUGUCGGUACCCCACAACAUGCAUGGCACAACACUGAUGCUAUCGGCUGACUGCUGCAAACAAACUGUUUGGGCAGCUGUGGCAAUAGCAAAGCCAGGAGGUGUCGAAAUCCCCGUAAUAAAGGGGCUGUCCUGUUGUGUGCCCCCCAUUUAGGGCUUUUCAAGACCGCAGCCAUUCUCUAUGGAAGGAUUAGAUAUGCUAAGAUCUGUAGAAGAGUGAAACUUGUUAUUGUAAUCGACUGGGCUAUUUCAGGAGUUUCCUAUUGGAAUCACGAUUGCCCUAAUGAGACCAGAGUGCCCAGUCUGAGACCGGAUACGCUGAUGGUCUUUAGCGGCUGGCUGGAGAGACUGGUAGAUCCAGAAGGACCGCGACUGUCCAGGACUGGGAUUGGGUCCUCUUAUACAGGAUCAUGCCCUACAAUUAAACAGUCCUAACUUGGGACAGACCCCUUUAAAAGAAUGGAAUAUAGGCAAGGAUUCUCCAUUCAAUACCGCAAGAAAGGACACAGCCUUUUUAUAUACUCCCAUGAUCAAAGAUGCUGUGUUUUUUAAAUCCUACGAUGGGUAAAAAGUCCCAUCACUUUCUUAUGAGCAGAUUCUUUCACUGUGGACAACGACACCCGAGACCGGAGCGCUUGGUGAAGGUUUGGAAUAUUUGGUGAGACAGGUUUGGCUCGGUCACUGGGGGGCAGACUCGAACCCCCUUCAGACUGAGUGACCCAGGGGGCAGCUGCCAGGUGGAGAUGGGUUCUUAGAGGGGCUCACUAGACGAAUGCCACAGAGUUCACUUCUGUUACGGUGGUGAUCAGAUACAGCUGUGUGAGAUUGAUAUGUCAUUGUUAUCCCUCCCAAACCUCAGUUCAUAACCUCCAUUUAUCACACGUGUGGAUAACUUGACCUGGACAAGUUAACACUGGACUUGGCGAAGCUGCUUGAAAACUGUCAUCAGAAUGAAAUGGUAUUGCUUGUAUUUUUUCUUCCAGAUCUUUUCACAAUUGGAAUUUAGAUUUGCCUGUCUCCAGCCCCACCCUCUUCAUGUGUGUGAACGCUUUACUGCUUAGACUCAAGGACAGCCUUAAGAACGCGGCCAUACUAUCAGUAUUGAUAGAAAUGAGCAAAAACAGAGGAAGUUGACUCCAAACCGCAUGAUCUACCCACAUCUCUUGUACUGCUCAUCACUCAUCACAAAAGUUUCAUGCAACAUUAACACAAAUCUAUGUUGAUAGAAUACAACCCAAGCAAAUGCAACACAAAUAACACCAAUUAAACCAUGAAAUCUGAUCCCAGGUUAGACUGAUAGAUGUGGCGCGCAGUACUUAAUGGUACCCGUGUCAGUUUUGGGAGUAAACACUCUAGUGUCAUCUUCUGGACGAAUGUGGUAUUGCACGUCAGUGUCUUAUUACCCUCCUUGCUCUGGAGUUUUGGUUAGAUCUUAACGUUCUUAUUCAAAUGGAUCCAUGCAAUCCAUGCGAUUAACAGUGGUGGUCAUUUGGUUCUUUUAUCUGUCCUUUUACCAUAAGAACCUUUCGAAAGCGUGGUGGGGCAGCUGGUUCCAGACUCCCACAUCAGGCUUUUGUAAAUAAGUUCCUUCUGUUCUCAUUUUCCCCGACUUUCCACUAUUGUUCUCUGGUUCUCUUCACCUGUUGAUUCCAUAAAAGUCCACAGGGUUGACUUAGAGCGUUUUUUAUGUGUUUAAGCCAGUCAAUCUGUAGUCUUAAAAAGACUCGGUUCUUCUAGCCUGUCACUCUACGACACUCAUUUGAGUCUGGGGACAUAUCUACAGUAGUUGCUGUUGAUCUAUGGUUUUUGUAGCUUGGUGAAAAAGCAGGUAUGCAGUAUUCCAAAUAAGGGUUUCCUUGCACACUGGGCAACUUUAAUUUUUAAUGUAGCAUCUUUUGAUUUGAAUGCUACACUUCUAACUAUAUAUCCCAAUGUUUUGCUUUGCUUUGACACAUGAGUAGUAAUAUGCUGUAAUAUGAGUAGACCUGUAAUAAAACCCCCGAAUGUGCAUGGAAAUCUGAAUGUAAUUAACCUGUAGUGUCACUGGGAUGUUAGAAAAUCUAAAAAGGAAAAAUCAAGCAUUUAUUUUUAUAUACUUGUAAGAUUUGAAGUCUCCCAACAAUGUAUAGUGUGCCUUUGGCUUUGUUCUUGAUGAUGCUUUGUCCCAGGGGCUGAAACAUAUUUUUCAAAGACACGCUUAUAGUUCUAAGUCGGGCUCCAGUGAAUAUCUUUGAUCACAUCACAUUAAAACGUGCCCCAGGCUGCCUGUUUCGUUGCAUGCUUCUCUUGGCAGUUCAACUGACUCAUGCAAUGCCUAACCAACACAAACCGGGCCGACACAAUCCCUCCUCACACUGGGUAAUAAACUGGACAGAACACAGCAUAUCCAAACAGUUACUCCUUCAUUCCACCCUCUGUGUGGAAGCGAGAGGACUAAUGCACUCUGCUUUUUGUAACCUGUGGACAAAUUAAGCUUAUCAAUGUUGAAGUAAACAGAACAGUUAUUUUAA